AUGCGGCUUUUGAAUGUGGUCGAUGAACGGCUCGAGAGCUUCUUCGGCGACGAGAAUGAGGUCCCACCAUACGGGAUUCUAUCGCAUCGGUGGGGGAGAGACGAAAUCACCUUUCAAGACCUAACACAAGGGUCACUACAGGACUUACAGGGCCGUCAGUCAUUCUCCAAGAUCUGGGAUCUUCUUUACCGGGCCGAUAAAGAUGGUUUAUCCUAUGUCUGGGUCGACACAUGCUGCAUCGACAAAACUAGCAGCGCAGAGCUCUCAGAGGCCAUCAACUCCAUGUUCAGGUGGUAUCAGCAGUCAGCAAAAUGCUAUGUCUACCUCGACGAUUUCGACACUACUCUCAACAGCAAGAUUAUUAAGUACGACCAGGUUGAGAGAUAUGUUAUCCUCGAUGAAUCAGAGACUUCUUUCUUCGAUAGCCUGUGGUUUACCAGAGGAUGGACCUUGCAGGAGCUCAUAGCACCACGAAAUGUUGAGUUUUACGACAAGAACUGGAUCAGCUUCGGUUCGAGAGACGUUCGCGACGGUAUCUGUACUGGAUGUCAAGGACUUGACACACUCCCUCAGACUUUAGACUCCUUCGCCGUCUCCAUAAAAAUGAGCUGGGCAUCGUCCCGUAUCACGACGCGCAAAGAAGAUGCGGCCUAUUGCCUCCUCGGUCUCUUCAACUUAAACAUGCCCUUGCUAUAUGGCGAAGGUGACAAGGCAUUCUUGCGUCUUCAAGAGGCCAUCGUCCGGCAGUCAAAAGACCAGUCAGUCCUGCUAUGGCGCGCUCGGCCUGAUGUUGCACCUCAAGGGUUUGCACCAGGCUGUUUGGCUCCUUCAUCCAGUGCCUUCAAGGAGCCUGUUCACAUUCUUGGCCGCCGGGUCUUCAACAGGGUCGACAAGAAGUAUGAGGCGAAUUUCCUCGGCAAUUUGGCUACCAUGGAGAUCACUGAUACAGCUAUACGUACCAGCCUGUGGAUUUGUCCUUGCAAGGUGGUGCCGGACGGAACUCAGACUCCUUCUCGAAAUCUGUGGCUGGGUAUAAUGCAUCUUGCAUACGACGAUGAUUAUCUUGUGCGACCUGCCUUGCUGCUAGAGUAUAUGGGAACUGUCGAUAUGUACCGAAGAGUAUAUCAUCAGCAUAUUGUUCCCGUCAAUCCCAGGAUAACUGGAGGUUCGUUCGUUGUAGAGUCAUCAAUUGGCGAAGUCGAUCGACGUUUGUCGCUCACCCCAACCCUCGACGAGGCCACCAAGAAGGACAUCAGCAUUCUGCUUCAACAAAGCCCUAUCAACGCAACCGCCGGUCCUUCUCCUGAGGAGGGUCCGGAGACUGGCCCGGUGUAUUUUGUUUUGGAUAAGCAGAAGCUGGAUUUUACCAUGGACAGCGGAGGCAGCCACCCUCCGUUCAGCCGUUACCGAGGUCGCGCCACCCAGAUACCGUCACGCUGGGCUUUUCAGAAGUGCCAACACAAAGUGGACGGUGAGAGAUAUUUUGGCGGCAUUCACUUUGUUAAUUUUAUGCUUGAGGUCCCGGAAACAUCAAACUUGGAUCAAGGGCCAAGCAGGCAAGGUGUUGGUCGAUUUGCGUACACGGCUGUCAUAUGGGGUAUACAUCGCGAAGUGCUCCAAGGGAAUACCGAUCCAUCUCCGUGGCAUCUGUGGUGCCGGGUCUUUGAUCUUCCCAGCUUCAUACAACACGCCCGGACUUCAACUGAAGAUCUCCAGCCAAACCAGCUCUAUGGCGAGAUUGACGGGCUCAGUGCAGGCGAGAUCCAGAGGCGCAUGAAGAACCAGCGGUCGCGGCUUUGUCUAGCUGUAUAUGAGAAGCUCGAGAUUCCGCAGCCAUCAGGUCCGAAGGCACUAUUCCCUUCCUCUUUCGGGAAUGACUGGGCGGAGGAUAAUAUGAGUUAUGACGGAAGGCAUUUGGCAGCCAAGGUUGCGUCGGUUGAGGGACUGGGUCGGAGGGUUUUUGAGCUGCAUAUCAAGAUCGCGGGUAGUCAAGACACAGAAUGCAUGUCUAUGGAGUAA